GGCGGGCGGGCGGGAAGAUGCUGAGCAGGUUGAUGAGCGGCAGCAGCAGGAGCCUGGAGCGCGAGUACAGCUGCACCGUGCGGCUGCUGGACGACAGCGAGUACACCUGCACCAUCCAGAGAGAUGCCAAAGGCCAGUACCUGUUUGACCUUCUUUGCCACCACCUGAACCUACUUGAGAAAGACUAUUUUGGGAUCCGCUUUGUGGACCCAGAUAAGCAACGGCAUUGGUUGGAGUUUACAAAGUCUGUGGUGAAGCAAUUGAGAUCCCAGCCUCCAUUCACCAUGUGUUUCCGUGUGAAGUUCUACCCUGCAGAUCCUGCUGCCCUGAAAGAAGAAAUAACCAGGUAUUUAGUCUUCCUGCAGAUCAAAAGGGAUCUCUACCACGGCCGCCUCCUCUGUAAAACAUCAGAUGCUGCCUUGUUAGCAGCUUAUAUCCUUCAAGCGGAGAUUGGGGAUUAUGACCCAGGGAAACACCCCGAAGGCUACAGCUCCAAGUUCCAGUUUUUCCCUAAACAUUCAGAGAAGCUGGAAAGGAAAAUUGCUGAGAUUCACAAGACAGAACUCAGUGGUCAAACACCAGCAACAUCAGAGCUGAACUUUUUAAGAAAAGCACAGACACUGGAGACAUACGGGGUAGACCCUCACCCAUGUAAGGAUGUGUCAGGAAAUGCUGCAUUUCUGGCCUUCACUCCUUUUGGGUUUGUUGUUCUACAAGGAAACAAGAGGGUCCACUUCAUUAAAUGGAAUGAGGUGACCAAGCUGAAAUUUGAAGGAAAGACUUUCUAUUUAUACGUAAGUCAGAAAGAGGAAAAGAAAAUUAUUCUCACAUAUUUUGCUCCAACUCCAGAAGCCUGCAAGCACCUAUGGAAAUGUGGAAUCGAGAACCAAGCCUUCUACAAGCUGGAGAAGUCAAGCCAAGUCCGCACAGUGUCCAGCAGCAAUUUAUUCUUUAAAGGGAGCCGGUUCCGAUACAGUGGCCGAGUUGCAAAGGAAGUAAUGGAGUCGAGUGCCAAGAUCAAACGGGAGCCACCAGAAAUACACAGAGCAGGGAUGGUUCCCAGCCGAAGCUGUCCCUCCAUAACCCAUGGUCCAAGGCUGAGCAGUGUCCCUAGGACCCGGAGAAGAGCUGUUCACAUCUCCAUCAUGGAAGGCCUAGAGUCCCUGCGGGACAGUGCCCAUUCCACCCCGGUGCGUUCUUCCUCCCAUGGGGACACCUUCCUGCCUCACGUGAGAAGCAGCCGGGCAGAGAGCAAUGAGCGAGUCGCCGUGAUUGCAGACGAGGCUUACAGCCCUGCAGACAGCAUGCUGCCCACCCCCGUGGCCGAGCACAGCCUGGAGUUGAUGCUGCUUUCCCGGCAGAUCAAUGGAGCCACCUGCAGCAUCGAGGAGGAGAAGGAGUCUGAGGCCAGCACUCCAACUGCUGCAGAGGUGGAGGCCCUUGGGGGAGAGCUGAGGGCCCUGUGUCAGGGACACAGCAGGCCAGAGGAGGAACAGAAAAUAGAGCCUGAUGAACUAAAUGAUGCAAGAAAGAAACUGAUCCUGAGACUGAAAAGCUUCAGAAAAUAAAAUUCCAAGAUCAACAAACAGCCUUGGAAGGGACCAGGAAAAGAAUCUCUUUAAAUAGGAGUUCUAAGCGAUGCCUACAAAACAAAAUGAAUGUGGCAAAGUCCAAAACUUAGAUGUAGAAAUACUGCCCCCUAGGGUCAUCCUCUGCAUCAGGAAAAUAUAAGUUGUAGGAAAGCACUUGCCAUCCUUGCUGAGGGAAGCUGCGGAAGCAUGCAGAAGCACAGCAUGUGAAGGGUGAGUGUAGGGGUCUGAGGCCCAAGCUCUGCAACUCUUACAGCCACUCACACACAAGAUCUUGUUUUCAUCUCAGGGAGAGAUUUCUAAGUCAUCUGGGGCCUGAGGACUGACUUACUCAAGAACAGUUAGUAGACAUAUUCCUGAGACCCACACAACAGUGGAGCAGCUGCUGGCACCCUAUGAUGUUGGGCAGCCCCAAAUGCAAAACAGAAUUAGUCACUUAUAGAUUUGCUUUUCCCUAGUUUGUCCCCUGAGAUGGCAGAACCAUGCCCAUGUAUAGAAUUAACAUGGAAUGGAAUAAAUGGGGGUUUUUUUUGG